GCGCUCUCACGGAAUGCCAAGCUGGGCCGGGCCGGGCUGGGCUGGGCUGGGCUGGAAGGGACCGCGGGGGGUCCCUGGUGCCAGCUCCCAGCUCAGGCAGGGCCAUCCCAGAGCACAGGGCACAGCAUUGUGCCCAGAGGGCUCUGCAGGAUCCCCGCUGAGGGAGACUCCAGCCCCUCCCUGGGCAGCCUGUUCAGGGCUGGGCAGUGCCCAGGGCAGAAGUUCUGCCUCCUGGGCAGGGGCAGCUCCUGGGCUCCGGCCCUGCCCGUGGCUCUGGUGCCACUGCUGGGCCUGGAGCAGAGCCUGGGCCCUGCUCUGCCCUCCCUGCACACAGGGACAGCCAGGGCUGAGGGCCCCUCUCAGCUGGGGCUCCUCUCCAGGCUGAGCAGCCCCAGCUCCCUCAGCCUUUCCUGGGCACCGAGAUGCUCCAAGCCCUCCUCAUCCUCCCAGCCUGAGCGGGCACUGCUCCAGGAGCUCCGUGUCUUCCUUUUCCUGAGGAGCCCAGGACUGGACACAACCCUCCAAAUGUGCCUCACCAGGGCUGGGCAGAGGGGCAAGGCUCACUUCCCCUGCACGUCUGGCCAUACCCCAUUCCUGUCUCCCUGCAGUGCAGUGCCCCUGACCCAUGUGGAGGUGGAGGGUCGCAGGGAUCAGCCACCCCUCGUCCUGCUCCACGGGCUCUUUGGCAGCCACAGCAACUUCCAGACAGUGGCCAAGGCACUGGUGCGCCGCGGCAGUGGCAAGGUGCUGACAGUGGAUGCCCGGAACCAUGGCAGCAGCCCCCACAGCCCCGUGAUGACGUAUGAAGCGAUGAGCCUGGACGUGCAGCACCUCCUGAGCCGCCUGGGCAUCACCAAAUGCAUCCUCAUAGGACACAGCAUGGGGGGCAAGACAGCCAUGACACUGGCCUUGCAGCGGCCAGACCUGGUGGAACGCCUCAUCUCUGUAGACAUUGGUCCUGGCUCAACCGCCCCUGUGUCCGAAUUCUCUGCCUACAUCUCGGCCAUGAAGGAGGUGAAGGUCCCAGCGGGGCUGUCCCGCUCGGCAGCACGCCAGCUGGCAGAUGACCAGCUGCAGCCCGUGGUCAAGCUCCCACAGCUGAGACAGUUCCUCCUCACCAACCUGGUGGAGGUGGAGGGCUGCUACGUGUGGCGGGUGAACCUGGAGGCUAUUUCCCGGCACCUGGCAGAUAUCAUGAACUUCCCCGCCUUCCAAAAGCCAUAUCCUGGUCCUGCACUCUUCUUGGGAGGGUCCGACUCGCCCUAUAUCAGCUCCAGAGACUACCCAGAGAUCCAACGUCUCUUCCCCAAGGCAGAGAUCCAGUACAUUAAAGGAGCAGGCCACAUAGUCCAUCAGGAUAAAUUUGAAGAAUUCAUCACUGCUGUCCUCAAUUUCCUGCCACAGCUGUAGCACUGGGGACCAGGGUUUCUGCAGGGACCAUGUGGGUCCUGAGGAGCUCUGGACAGUGAUGCAGGGCAUGGGCUGAGGAUGGGCUCAGCUGGGACUGGCUGCCCUCACUGCAGUCUGAUCCUGCCUGCACGACCUUCUCCCAUCCUGAUUCUUCUGCAGCCAGAGCAGAGAGGCACCUGCAUCCUGCUGAGAUCUCCUGGCACCUCUCAGGGACAUGGGGUGCCAUUGGCUCAGGAUACUGUCCUGCUUGCACAGGGGUGUCAGGCACAUGGAGGGGACAGGAGAGCCCUCUUCUUUUCCUGCUGCCAGACUCUUCCAUGGAUCUGGCUGUGACUUUGCAGAAUGUGCAAUAAAGCUGAAUCCAUGCCAAGGCAGAA